UAAUGGUCUCCGGUCUAUGCAAUUCGACGAUACACGGAAAGCUCGAGUAGAACUCAAACCCAGUUAGAACGAUUCGUAUUGAAUGGACGAUUGUAUACUAUAGCGCGGGCUUUUCGGGUGCUUUUUUUCCUCUUAGAAAUGCGUUUUGUGAGCUUUUGAAAACAAAGGGCGCGCGGUCGUGAGCUUCUCUGCGGGAAGUUUUUCCUUCUUAUCGUACCGACGCGACGUGCUUUUAUUAAUUGUGUUAAAUGCAAGUGGAUGAAAAUGAAGAUAAUAAAAUAAUGAAAUAACUAUCAAUGAGCAUGCUGAAGCAUAAGGUCCAAGACCGUCAAUGCGACGAACGGUUGCAGAAUCUCGAGGUCGUCAAAUGCCGCGUUAAAAUUUAUAAAACAAACAUGCAACGGUGUCCAUACAUUCACGAGAUGAAAGAACGACUGUUGGGAGAACAGCCGCCUGUUGAGCAGAUUCAACCUGCCAAGAAACCAGUGACACCUCCUCCCUCCAAAAUGGACCAACAGCAACAAUUGUUGCUACCGCAGCAGCAACCUGUGGGCACUGUAGUUAAGUUAAACCCAGAUGGGUACGGAUCUCAUACGUCGCCAACGCAUCUUAGACCCGAUAGGACCCCGUUAAUGCCAAAGCAGCCCGAAGACGAUUUUCACGUAUAUCAUACCAAAGCAUAUCCUAAGAAUGCCAAAACAUCUCUCUUCAUUAUCAUGAGCUUUGUAUAUGCAAAGCUGCUUGUCGUAGUAUGUAUAGCGUAUGUGUUCUCAGACGUAGUCACCCACAACAUUCCACUCUACUACUACGAAGGAUUUUUCACUUAUCUCUACGGCAUGAGCAUCCUGUUUUUGCUCUACGUAUUCUGUUUUCUUCUGCAAGAAAGCUCUUGCUGUGCCGGAAAUGAGAAAGAGAUAAAAGUGAAGCAACCGCCGAAGCAAAAAGCCAAAGAAAAAGAAAAAGAACGAAAACAAGAGGAAGAAAAAAAGAAAAAAGAAGAAAAGGAACAAAAAAAGAAGGAGGAAAAGGAGAAGAAGAAAGACAAAGAUAAGAAGAGCAAGAAGCAAGACAAGCAAAAAGCGUCCAGCUCCAAAACCAAACCGGACGGGUCGCGCGAUCCAGAUUUCAACAUCUCUUUUAGUUUUGAAGAUAUUAAGAGGGAGAAAUUUCCACGCAAGAUGCGUGACAUGGUGCAAGCCGAAGCUGAGAUCACUACUAACGGCACUAAUGGUCGGGCGUUUGUCCAAAAGAGCACCACGUACCGACGCAACAGCGAAGGCGUGGUCGACGCCGAGGACGUGGUGCCGGUGCCCGUGAUCGAAAUUACCGAAAAGGCCCGACAAAAGGGCGCGUCACAUGACCAACUACGUCACAACUCUUCACAGGGCCCCCAGCCGCCAGAGGGAGCCGGCGCGCCGCCUCCGCCCGCCCCGCCACCGUCCGCCCCCGCUGCGCACGUCAACAAUGUCGACGUAGAGGGCGGCGCCGCAGUCGUACCCGAACGGAGUCCCGCGCAGCAGCCGAAGGUCAAGUGCAAGAGGAAGACGACGCAGAACGACCAUAGUCACGGGAGUUUCUUCUUGAGAAUUGGAGCAAUAGCUUUUGGCCUGGGCACGAUGAUCUACAACGGUCUGGAAUUCGGGGUGUUCUUCGAAAUCCCAUUUAACUCACCGUGCUACAUGAUCUUGAGAGGGGUGAACCCGGUUUUGCAGAUGAUCUUCACCUUUAUGCAAAUGUAUUUUAUAUUUAUGAAUUCGAGGUUAAAUAUCCAUCGAUUCAAAGUGGUGGCACGAUUCGGUCUUAUGCAUGUCGUAGCCACCAACCUUUGUGUGUGGAUCAGGACUCUCGUCUUGGAAUAUAUUAAGGAGAUUACCAUUUAUCACAGGGACCUUUUGAAUGGUACUUCGGUAUCUCCUACGAGUAUCGCUCCCUUUGCAGAAAGCAUCAAACAGCACACGCUUCGCAAUGCAAACACCAUUUUGGGUACCCACCUUGCGAAACCCGACGUAAUACCCAGUACCACCACAACCAGUACCACUACCACCACGGCCACCAGCUUAUUGGCUGCAACUAUAGCAGCCACCCCAUAUAACGUUAAAAAGAUCGUCAGUACUACCGCACGUUCAGUUUACCCUUAUUUUAAUAAUAUUAUCACUACGACGACGAGUUUACCCACCACUACCACCAGAAAAGUGUUCACUACCGCUAAAACGAUCCCGACAACGAUGUAUCGCACCAUGCAAACGACCGCGGCCCCUUUUAUCGAUCAUCCUACGACGACUGCGCCCACUAGACCUCCGACCACGUUCGCCCCUCCCACUUUGUCGACCUUGAGAACGACGGCUGCGCAUUCGUGGCAAGUGUUCACUACGCAGAGAGCCCUUAUGCCCACCGCCCCCACCACCCCGAGGAGCUUAUCGUCCUCGACUUAUGCUACUUUUAAGGAUUUCUUUGACCUUAGAAGUUUUAAUAACAUUGUUGCUAACGAAAUUGCUAACGUUGUGGAUGAACCAGAAGCUAUCGAUAACUUGGCUGCCAAUAGUUCAGAAAUGCUCGAAGAUAUUCAGCCGGAAGCACUAAUCAACUACAACUACUUCAUGAGGAAUAUUAGCUAUGAGAACGACAGCUGCGGCAGAAUUAAUAUUAUGGGCACCAUAGUGCAGGAUUCUGCUCCUUACCUGUUUCCGUUUAUUAUUGAAUAUUCGUUGAUUGGAGCUGCCGUGAUUUAUUGCAUGUGGAAGCAUAUUGGCAGAAACCCAAGAUAUGUUACUCAAGAAGAUCUAGAACAUCGCUUAGAAAUAAUGCUGAGCCGUCGUGCUGUAGCAAUGGCUCAAGCUCAGCAGGGACGAGUCGAUUGCGUUGGUGCUUCCAAAGGUUUAUUCUUCGGACUGCUUAUGCUUGUCGCUUCACUGAUUUGCCUUAUCUUGUUCUUCGUGUUGAUACACCACAAAGAACUUGGAUUGUUGGCUAUUUAUUUGGCUGAUGUGUCACAUUGUGUGCUGAUGGUGCUUAGUAUAAUUGCCAUUAUCAUUGGAUUUAUUAGGGUCCAAGGACUGAAGUUCAGGACUGAGGAGCAGAGCGACCUGAACGACAUCCUGCUGAGAGUUUCCGCGUUUGGACUCUUCACUUAUGCGGUAUUUAGCGUCAUCGCUGGCCACUUUAAGGCAUUUUCCGUUGAACCCAACAUGCUCGUUAUGGUAACUGGAAUUUUAUCAGUUGUGCAGGUGGUGCUUCAACUUCUUUUCAUCGCUGACGUUUCGCGUCGCCGCGUGCAUCUUCCGGAACACGAUCGCACCAAACCGGGCCGUCAAGUGGUGACGUUCCUGCUGAUUUGCAACAUCACCAUGUGGAUCAUCUACACGUUCGAGACCCAAAAAGUCGAGGCGAAUCCGGUACAAAAACGAUUUUAUGGUUUUCUGACAUGGGCCAUAGUACAGAGAGUCACUCUUCCGUUAUGCAUCUUCCAUCGAUUCCAUUCGGCCGUUACACUCGCCGAAAUAUGGAAGACCAGCUACAAAGCCCGAUUGGAAUAAAUCAACGCUGCAAAUGUUGAGUUGAUGUGGUUUUAAUUGCAGAUGGUACUUAAAAGAUUCAUUGAACAUAUUCCAUUCAUUUAUGAUUAUCACGGUUUUUCUAAAAUUUAGAAAAAGAUGAAUAUUUUAAUAUAACAUUCGUUAUUUGCAAAUCUUUUUAACAUUUUCGAUCGACGUUUACAACUGAUGUUAGAAAAUAUAUUUUGCUACCCGAUGGUAGAGUUUGGAUUAUACAAGCUUCAAAAUUUCGUUACGUAAAGACAAGUCUGAUAUUUUUGCUCACCUUUGUAUAUAAAGCUGCAAGAAAAUUGUUUCCUCUUCUUAAGCACUAAAGUUUGUUAUGUAAAAGUAGUACCGUAAAACGGGGCUACUUUGUGCAGGUUUUGAGGCAUUUUUGAUUCUAGGCGCUGCAUUUAUAAUCGAAUCAACUUGAAAAAAAUCAAGAGUAACAAUACAGGUCAUCUUAUAAUCUGCCUUAAAAUAGGGUUUUUACAAUAAACCGUUUUCGAAAAAAAAAUUAAAAAGAUGGGUGCCAAAGUAGCCCCGUAUUUGGGGUUACAUUGGCACCCAAACGGAAAUGUGAAUAAACAUAAUGUAGGCCCAUCCUGGGGUUACCUUGGCACCAAAUUAGGCUUUUUUUUUAGUUUUUAAAUAAAACAUUCAAUAUUUUUAAUGAAAUUUCUAUAUUCGUAAACAAAAUAAACAAAACACUUAAAAACUAACAACAAAUAUUUGUCUAAUAUUUGGCACAGUAAAAGAAAGGAACUAAAUCAAAAUAACAUAAAUACUAAUCAUCUUCACAUGCCUCACAGGUAUAAUAUUUUUCUUUGGAUCCCUCGUUACAAAUACCACAGAUCCAUUUAAAACAAGCAUUGCAUAGAAUCCAAUCUGGUCCAGUAUAACCAGACCAAUAAGCAGCACAAAUUCCGCAUUCGUCCUCAUUGUGGGUACUUGAGGAUGAUGGUAGAUUGACAUCUUUUAAUGUGGAUUUUUAAAAAAUUUUUGCUUUUCCUUUGCCUUUCCCUCUUCCCGCAAUCUUCUUUUUGUCAUUAUUUCCAUUUUCAAUUAAUUUUUCCUUGUCUUGCUCCUCUUUAGUUUCUUCACAAUCGACUUCUUUGCCGGGAAUAAUUUUUCGUCCCCGCUUUCGUUUAGGGUUAGUGCUUGAUUGUCCACGUGUCUCCUGAAGAAACUCUAAUAAACUAUCAUUCAAAAUAUCACUCGUAGAUGCAUCAAUUGGAGUCUUUGGCAAUUUGGAUAAAGGCUGCUGCGGAUCAUAUGGACAAAUUCCGGUGGCACGAAAUCCGGAUUUUAAAUUGUCUUCUACUCUUUCCUGUAGAGAUCUCCACAAGCGAUCUAGAAGAUUCGGAAAGUGUUCUUUAGGCAGAGUCCGUUUUACGCGACUGGUCUUUCUCCAAUCGUCUAAAAUAGCCCUCCAUUUCUUUUUUCAUGGGAGCAAAGAAGGUCCAAAGGCUGCAUAAAGUGAGUUGAAUUGGGGGGUAAAGGAGCCAUAUAAAUAUUAUUUUCUUUAGCAGCCUUUACCACGGUUGGAGAAAAAUAUAAGGCUAGGUUAUCACCUAAAAGAACAACUGAUUCACCAUUACAAUUUUCUUUGACGUGGGGCAGCAACAGUUUAAAAAACCAUACCUCAAAGAGAUUCAUGUCGAACCAUCCACUGCUGCUGUUAUCCUAAACUGCCCCUAGAGGGCCACCAACAGUCCAAUUUUCGUAAAUAUUGUUGCUACCAUUGGUGGUGGUAGGAUUCCACUUGCGCUUCCGCAGACUAUUACACUUAUUGCUGAACGCGAAUGUUCUUGAACCCUUUCAACCCUUUUAGUACCCCUACGAACUAAAAUUUUUUGGCCCCGGGAUCGUCUGUGAAAUCAGUGUCAUCAUAGUUAAACACUUGUUUCGCAGAAAUGGACUCCAGAACCGGUUUAUUGUUAUCGAAAAACUCCAUUAUAUCGGCGCGCCCAACCGAAGCACGUGCACGCUUAAUAUUUUGUAACAUAAUUUUGCACGAUUUCUCUGGCGUCACUAACAGUAACGGGAAAACCCCAAUCUGCUACCUGGUUGAUGGUCUCUGAAAUUAGCUUCUCCUCCUGUUGGGUAAGGAUGGUGGGGUGACCUACACGACCCUCAUGUUUCGCAAACAGUUUAUUCUGAAGAGUGCCUCUAGGUAUUUUCCAUGUUUUGGAAGCUCGUACUUGUGACAUCCUCCCUUCCCUAACAGCUUGCAAUGCAUUCGCUAAAUUUUGUUCCCUGGAACCUACUAUAAUUUCGCGCCGCCGAACAUACCGACCUGUCUGAUCAACUCUCGGACACUAAAUAUUAAAACUAGACAAACGAGCCUAAUAUAAACAAAGGCUCGCACGCUCUGCCAAAGUUACCCCGUGUGCCAAAGUAGCCCCGUUUUACGGUACCUUUUAUCGGCUUAUGUGACUAUUACCCAACCCCUUUACUAUACGCUAUAGAAGCAUCUUGCUACAUCUUCGAAUAAUUGACUGAAGAUGUUGCCCGCUAGCGAUGAUUCAAUAAUAUAGGGGAUUUUUAUCUGAAACAUUAUUAUACUAAACCCUAAAUUAACAGAAAUGCAUUGAACAAUUAGUAAACUCUUACAUGAAAUUAUAUUUACAUAUUUCUACCGUAUACUAUAAACCAAAUAAUAUAUUUUCGAAUACUGUUCUACAAAAGACUGAUCCCACUAGUCAUCCCCUUUUCACAUAUAAAACAGAGGAGCAAAAAUGGCUAUUCAUUAAUUUUUAACGUAAUAACAGAUUUAUAAAGCAGUAUCACUGAAAAGCCUAUGUAGUUGCUCAAUCGUGAGGAGCAAGUGGUACAAUUGAGUUUUCUAUAAGCAAAUAAAUUGAGAUUGGGAGAAAAAUUGAAAAAUUAUUCCAGGCAGUUUAAGAUGAUGGAAAUUUAAAUAUCGAGGGUUGAACUAAAAACAGUUUAAGAAGACUCUCCGUUAAAUCCAGAGAUAGCCAAAGACCUAAAUACAUAUAUUAUACAUCUCUUACAGGGAAUUCUAAUAAGAAUUAUUGCUAAAAAAAAAUGGGGUUUUCUGCAACCUAGAGCAUACAAACAGGACUUUGUCCUUUAGAACUAGCUGGAAGAAAAAAAAUACAAAAUACUGCACAUAUCUCUUUCUUUUAAAUGACUUUUAUUCCGGAAUUCUGGACAAAUUAUUACUUCCUAAACUGCCUGGAAAAAGCGUUAAUAUUUCACAAAAAAUCAUUAUGCUUCUUGCUAAGUUAAUUGGAUGUAGGAUCAAAUAAAACUCUGGCAGUUACUGGCAUAGACCUUUUCAGUCUUUUUGAAGCUUUGGUGAUUUCACGUAAUAUGCAAUACGAGGUACGAAAGCCAAGUAAGAAGAGCGAAACGUACAUUGAUAUGGCACCUACAACGGAAAUCAUCUGCAUAUUUACUCUAUGUCCAUUCACUUGUUCAUCUAUAUUAAGAUACUAUAAAAUGUAUUGUUACAGUCUUCUUCAAGUCAUUCGAUUAUUGAUUAAUUCAAUGAAAAAUGUCACUGGUAUAAAACUUUUCAGUCUCUAUAAAGCUGUGGCGAUUCUGCAUGGAAUAUGCAAGAUACGAAAGCUAAGUAAGAAGAGCAAAACGUACAUUGCCACAGUUUUCUUCAAGUCAUAUGAUUAUUGAUUAAUUCAAUGGAGAAUCUUACUGAUAUAGAAGUUUACUUAUUAAGAAGUUUACUAUUCUUUCUGACCUCAAAUCCAAUUAACUUAGCAAGAAGCAUAAAAGAUUGUUUUCGGAAUUUUCUUUUCUGAGAGGUAAAUCUAGAAAAUUAGAUUUCCAAAGACCUUUUCAAGUUCCUGGAAGCAAAAUAUUAAUUAUCUCUUAUAGGUCGUUGAUAAAGGAAUUAUUAAUCUAUCGAAAUCCAAAAAACCAACCUAAAGCACACUAACUGGAUUUUUUUCUUUAGAGCUGCAUGGAAGAAAAAAAUUCUUCCAGAUAAAAAGAAACGAAAGACUUCAUAUUUUUCAUUCUUUUCCAAUGAGCUGAAUGACUUUCUGGAUUAUUAAUUAAUGCCUUAAGUGUCCGGAAAGUAAAAUCCUCCUUUUUCUUCGAUUUUAAAAAGCAACUUGAGGAGGAAUCUUUUGCAGCUUUUUUGAGGAAAAUCAUUAUCCAAAUCAUAUUUGGUAGUUAACUAUCUGGAAGAAAUGUAAUAAUUUCAUUAAUUCUAGAAACGCUUUCAGAAUAUAUCAAUGUCAAAAAUAUCUAAAAAAAGGGAUUUCCAAAGACCUUUUCAAGUGCCUGAAAGAAAAAUGUAAAAUAUUCCUUACAGGAAGUUAAAGAAGGAAAUAUGUAACUAAGAAAAUCGAGAAAAAAAUUAGAGAAUAGAAACAGGGUUUUCUGCUUAACUGCCUGAAGGAAGAAAAGACAUAAUCAGCAAAAUAUUCCAGAAAAUUUUUUUCUUGCAAUUUCCCGAAACAGAUCAAACUGUGUUACUCUCACAGGAAAUUGAAGAAGAAAAAUAAUCUGUCGAUUUUGCACACCUUUUCCAGGCAGUUAAAAAAGACAUUUGCGUUUGUCUCGAGAAAACAUGUUAAGAGAGCCUGGGAUAAAUUAAAGAAAAAUCCAGAAAAAAUGCCCUUUCAUCAAGGACUUUAUAAAAUUCCCGCAACAAAUGUUAAUUAAUUUCGGUUUCUCCAGACAGUAGAACUUCACUUGAGUAACCAUGUUCCCACGUUUACCUUUGUUUGAAUAUUAUAAGGAUUUUUAUUAAAAUUCCAGAAAACGCGACAAGGGAUAUUUUAUUCAACCGUUUCGAAGAUAUGUAAUAGUUGAAAAACGGGAUAUUUUUUAAGAGAAAAAAAAAUCCUCCCAUUAUUAACUUCCUGGAAAGAGUGUUUGAAAUUCACAAUUAGGUAGUCAAGAGAAAAGCAAAUAAGUUUUUAAGAAAAGCAAAUAUGUAGCUGAAAUAGUUUACUUUAUUCUAGGCACUUGACUUAUUUGCAUUUUUAUAGAUACACUAGAAAGCUAAUUAAGAAAUAAAUUGUCCAGAAAACAUAAAGAUCCUGGAAUAAGAAUUCCUGUUUUUUUUGUUCUGACAAAUAGAAAAUGCCUGUUAACACUUAACGAUUAAACUAAAAAUAAUCUAGGAAAGCUUCAUAUAUUUCCUUUUUAAUUGUUUGGACAAAAAAAUUAAUUCUCCAUAAAAUCCAGCAAAAACCAUUUUUUUCUCGAUAUUCCUUUCAAGUGCCUGGAAGAGAAUUUACUGGUUUCAGUUUACAUUACGAACAAUGUUGGCACGUUAGCACGUUAAGUAAGGACUUGGCAAUAUUGCCGAUAACGUCAUCAAAAAUAUCCUCCUUGUAAGAAGUUUUAAAAAUUAGUGUACUUAUGAAGGAAACUAUAUGUACAGGGUGUUCCAAAUAACUAUAAGGUAAAGUAAAGCAGGGUUUUUGCUAUGGUAUAGAAUGUGUAAACUUAGGCGUACUUGGAACGCCCUGUAAAUCUACAUGGAUAUGUAAAUAAAUAUAGAGUAUUCGCAUAGGGGUAUGUGCACAGUGCACCAAAACACACAAUUAAACCAAAACAGCUUUAGAAAACUGAAAGGGUCUUCCGGAUAAUACCAAUGUAAAUAAAAUAUUUAUUUAUAUGAUCUUAUCAAAAAUGUUACCCUAUAAAAGGAUGUUCAGUUAGCAAUCUAUAAGUCAUUCUAAUAAGGAUUUGGAAAUGUACAGGGUGUUCAAAAUAAAGGAAAAACAUUUUUAAAAUUGCUCUAGAAAUUUGUCCAAUUUUGCAGCAGUAGUUUAGUGCUAAGCUUACUGUUUUUUUUUUUCAAAAUUGCUUUGUAAAGGGUUGACAAUAAAAACAAAAAAAUCAUCACAAAAACAAAAUCACAAACAAUAAUAGAAAUAUACAGUUUUUGUAACUUGCCUUUGAAACACCCUGUAUUAUGUAAGUUAUGAAUUAAUAGCGCAACACGGUGCUGAAAAAUGUGGUGUUAUUGUUACGCAACACAUAUUGCAUUUUAAAUAAUUCUCAGAUCAUUUAUUAAAAAUAAGAUUUCUUCAGGGCGUAGAUACAAUGUAAAAAUCCGUUUUAUAUUUUAAACAAAAGCCGAGUUUGUCUCUAAAAACUUAACGCUCAAUGAAGUCGCAACGCCUGUUGCGCAACAAAAGUAGACCCUUUAAAGAUCCUUUUUUUCAAGUCUCGGUCAAGCAAAUAAAUUAAAGAAAGUCAUUUAAUAAUACUAAAAAUAUGGAAUUUUUGACAAACAUAUAAUUGAAAUACAGUGAACUCCGGUUAUAACGUACCCUCUAGGGUGAAUAAAAUUAGUACUUUAUAACCGGAGGUACGGUAUAAAAGAAACCCAUAAAAAUAAAUAUGUGAAGAUUUAUUUGUUUUAAUUAAAGGACUAAAUUAACAAAAAAUACAUUCUAAGUAUUAAAUACAAAAAAAGAUAUAAUAUUAAUAUGUAACAUAUAACAUUGAAAUAGGAUACAUAUACAUAUGUAAUUAAAAUAAAUCUGUCCUAUCAUCAUCGCCGCUUUCGUGAUCAGAACUUAAAUCAUUCGUUGAACAGUUUGAUUCUAUAACUUCGGCAAUAAUGUCGCAAUCCGUUAAGGUCUCCGUUGCUACCAGAUUAUCGUCGAUGGUCGUAAAAUUAUCUAGUUCAGGAAGAUAUUUUUCUACAGUAGUUACGUCUUGGCAGUGAUUUUGCAACCAAUAACAUAGCGGAAUAUCCAAGUUUUUUCUUAAACCUCAUUCCAAGAUUUCGCAAUUAUUUUUAUCGAGUUUAGAAUUGUUAGAUUGAACGUUUCCUCACUAUCCAAUGCUUGAAUUAGGCGAUACAUAAAAUAUCUACGGUAAUAGUUUUUCAGGCAUUUUAUUAUGCCUUGAUCCAUUGGUUGUAUGACAGAAGUGCAAUUGGGAGGCAAAAAUUCUAAUCUGAUUUGUCAGAUCUACAUUCUUUGGAUGAGCUGCACAAUUGUCCACUAGAAGCAAUAUUUUUCUUUUUUGACGUCUUAGUUUUUCAUCCCACUCUUUCAAAUAAUUAAUAAAAAUAUCUGAAGUAAUCCAUGCGCGUCUAUUCGAUUUAUAAAUAACAGGCAGGUUUUUCAUAUUUUUCAUGCACCUCGGUCGUUCGUAUUUACCAAUGACAAGAAGUUUACAUUUCUCACUACCUGUCAUAUUUGCACAAACCCAAACGGUGUAUCUUAGCUUUGAUUGUUUGCUCCAACACACUUUUCUCCUCUAAAUUUCAUUGUACGGUCUGGAGUCAUCUUGUAAAAUAGUCCGGUCUCAUCCCCAUUAAAAAUAUCUUCACAGCUUUAAUUUUGUGCAAUACCUGGCCAUUUCUCGGUUAACCAGUUCACCACAGCUUCCCUGCUAACAUCUCCUGCUUCACCGGACACUUUGCCGACAUUGAUGUUGUGACGAACUUUAAAACGCUCGAGCCAACCCGUAGAGCACUUAAAAUCUCCACCGUGUAAUCCCUAAGAUAAAUCUUCCGCUUUUGCUUUUAAAAGUGGUCCACUUAUAGGAAUAUUUUCGGUUCUUCUCACCUCAAACCAUCCAAUAAGAGCUUGAUCCACAUCUGGGCGUACGGGAUUCCUAAUUUUCUUAAUUCUUUGCGAUUUAUUUUCACUUGCUUGCUCCAAAUUGUAGAAACUGUUGUUUUUGCCAUAUUUUUCCUUCUCGCAAUUUCCUAUUUGUUAAUGCCACUUUCAAUACUUUUAAUGAUGUCUAUUUUUUCUUUCAAAUUUAUAGCUCUGCGCUUAUAUGUCAUUUUACCAAAAAAACUACUAAAACUCGCACUCGCACAAUAACACGCAAUGUCCAAUCUAAAACUACCGGUCGGUCAUCUCAUUUUGCAUAUUCUAUAAAAAUUCUCAGACUCGAGAACUGGAAAUCCCCGGUGGCCUCGGUGCCAACGCGCGACGACAGAGAAACUUCUCAGUAUCGAUUAAUGGGAAUCUCCGACAGAGGUGGAAAAUUACUCUGCUUAUAACGUACCUUUGUACGUUACAACCGGAAAAUUACUGUCAAUCGGGCAAAAAUAUUGAACGUUAUAGCCGGAGUUAAAAUUUUAUGUCACGUUAUAUCCAGAAAAUAACAAGACUAUUUGGGCGGGUUCCGAAUUAUAAGUACCUAAUAACCGGAAGUACGUUAUAGACGGAGUACACUGUAAUGACUUUUUACUUAACUUAGAAUCAUUAUGAAUUGCAUUAUAUUUUGACUUUGACAUACCUUGCAUACUUUUGUAGCGCAAGGCGGUGCUAAAAAAAGUGGUGUUAUUGUUGCGCAACACAUAUUGAAUUGCAAAUAAUUCUUCAAGCUUUAGAUUAUUUAUUUAUUUAUCAAGUUCACCCCUCUUUAGGACGUAUAUACAAUGAAAACGUCAGUUUAAAAUUUGAAACAAAAAACGUCUCUCUAGAGGUCGCAUGUUUGUAUGGUUCUACACGCGCUAAUAUCAAAAGGAUUUAUCAGCAACCUGAUGCUAAAUAAAGUCGCAACAUUUGUUGCACAACAAAAGUAUCGCUGGAUAAUCAACGUGUUGUUUUAAAUAUGAAUUCACCCGUCUACACACAUACAUAUCUCAUUAUUUUUUCUAAGAAAUUAUUCAUAGAAGGUGCAUUAACAGAAAUGUUAUAAAAAUAUAUAAAAUGUAACAAAGCAAACGCCAAUAUAACAUUAUGGAUAAAGGGUCGGUCAUUUUAGAUUAAAAAUUGGACACUUUUGGUUUUUGAAAAAACUGCCAUAAUAGAUGCAUCAAAAUGGCCCUCCCAGUAUAUUAUACGUUGUUAUGUGACAUUAUGUCUUAUAAAACAACUUUGUAAAUAAUAUACUCCAUUAGAAUUUUCGGAUAUUAAAUCAAAAUAAAAUAUUAAUUAAAAAAAUAUAUACAAACGCAUAAUGUAAUCCCUUACCAUUAGAUAGAAGAAAAAAUAUAUAUUAUGUAAAUAUUCAUUCAUAAACUCGAGUUUAAUAAUGUUUUUUCCAUUUAAUUGUGAAUUAUUGUGGACCACGCCCAAGACUAAAUUUAUUUGAAAUAUUUCCUUUACACGUAGAGCAAUUUAAAAUAAAUCUACAUAAAAUGCUUUUCGAAAUUCUUCCGUAAUUUUUCUCUUAAUUAAAACAUUUACACAACGAAUCAUUCUUAAACAAAUUAAAAGAGCAUUUAAUGUGGAAAUAUUUUACAAACAAAACAAAAAAUUAAUUUUUUAUUUUGUUACAAGUCUAUUAAAUAUAAGAAUAUUACAUAGUAAUUGUAUAAGAACUGCUGUAUGGGCUUCAGCCAAUAUUUAUUAAUAUUUUUUUUAGAGUUUAUUAUUUGUUGCUUUUUUUCUCAAAUAUGAAGCCCCUAUAGUAAAAUAGUGUUGUGAAAAAAUAUCUCAUUGUGUGUUAAUAUAUAAAAUUAUUGAUAUAACAGCAAAACCGUAACUGUUGUACAUAAAAAUGUUAUUGUUAAGUGAUUUUAUAUACAUCUCUUAGAAAUAUGGUUUUAAUUUUAGGCAGCUGAAUCAGUCAUAGUAGAUGUAAGUCGUUUUCAUUGUUCUCUCACUAAAAAUAAACAUGCCCAGUAGAUUUAAGGAAAUUUGUAAAUUGUUUAUUGCAACAAUGUACCAGAAAACAUCUAAAGGUGACGAUUAAAACAUAUGAAAAGUUAUAAUGGAAGGUCCCAGAUUAGGGGCUUAAGAUAUUAUUGAAUUGUUAAAAUUUUAGUGGUUUUUGAAUGUUCUAUGAAGGUCUAAAAUAUUAAAAAAUAAAGGAUAGGAUUUUUUAAUGAAAAAUAUAAGGUUUAAAAUUAUAAAUAUUUACCUUUGCUUUUAGAUAAAAAGAUGGAAAAGUUUAAGUUUAAAUCUGUAAUUUUUCAAAUAAUAAAUCACCACAAAAUUGACUCUUAAAUUUUUUGGAAUAUUCAAUUGUUGACGAGGGUUUUUGAAAUUUUAUGGUCUAUACUGAGAAAAUAUUUAAAAAAUCACCAAAAAUCAAAAUUGAUUUACUUAUUCGAAUAUUUAAAUAAGCCAGAAACCACAAAUUUGUGGUUAUUUUGUGGUUUUUUAGGAGAUAAUGUAUAAUUAUACAUUUUCUCCUAAAAAAAAGAGAUAUAUAUGACAGAAUUUAUUGAUAUUUUUUAAAUUCGUCACAUUUUCAGAUGAGACUUCUAAAAAUAUUCUUUUUAUUACAAAUUUAUGUCCACAGUGUAUGUCCACAGUGAGUGUCCAUUUCCCAUGAGAGAAAUGGAAAAACUAUAAUCACUUCAAUAAAAACAUGUUAUCGGAGGUUCAAAACAAAAAAUUAUUACAAUUAUAUAAAAACAUACACUAAUGUCCAUUCUACUAAUUCUAAUUUCUUUAGACCCUAGAGAUAUUCCAAGAACAUUUCAGAGGGCCAUUGAAAAAAAUACUAAUAAGAUUCCUCUUAUGUAUUAAAUUAAUUAAAACCAUUAAAAUUUGAACAUAAAAAUGCUGAAUAUUUUAUCAGGUUGUUUGGGUCACUCCUGUGUAUAAGCUCAAAAAAUAAUUGUCCAAAAAAAAAAGGUUUUUUGUCGCUUAAAGCGGACUUUAAGUGAAUCGUACUUAAACACUGCCGAUUUAAUUCUUACGUCAUUUAGGAAAUGCAUUAGUGUAGACCGGUUUAGUAGAUUAUUUUACUUAAAAAGAUCUUACAGCUACCAACCAAUGUAAAAAAAAAAAUCUUUAAGUGUUUCCAGCAUAAGGAAAGAGCCAGUCAAAUGUUAGUUAAAUGGUUAGUUGACCAUUUUCGUAUGGCAGGAAUCGUUUAAACAUUAUUUCGUAAAUUACUUAUAUAAGGUAUUAAGGAACUCGAUGUCUUAUAAUAAACUUUUCAACAGGUACCUAGAUACGUUUGAUUAAAUUUUACAUUGUUUAUUUUAUUUAGAUUAAUAAAAUAUUGAAAAAUUGUG